UUUUUGUGUUCUAAUAAUGGGCUUCACAAGUUACAUUGAGCGUAUGAAGAAUUGGGCAGUCUCCCGUGUGUAUAGAGUCCCGCUAACCUCAGACGAAAGUGACUCCAGCAAAAAGCGCUUUCCCAACUUGGGUGAAAAUAUACAGCACGUGGUACAAACACCACAGUUCGAACAGGUACUGAAUACCGCGUCACCUUAUUUGUUAGCCAGCAUGGGCGCCUGGCCAGGAUAUUGGAUAUAUAGAGGCUUUGACUAUCAUUCGCAUAGGGCGCAUAUACCGUUACCCAUAUACAUACGUCAGACGUUCUACCAGGCGAAACUGCUGCAACUGAUCAUUAUUAUGACUGGUAUUCUAACCAUUGUGAAGAAUCAAAAGAAUCUGCAUGUCUUUCCAGGAAUGGGCAACCGGAACGACUCAUGAUUCAUUUCAACGAUUGCUAGUGCACCUUCAUUAUCAGUUCCCAAUACUAAAUUCGCAAAAAACUUAAAGCUUAAUAGCAAUGGCCCGUUUGCAAUAGUACUAAAUCAAAAAAUAAAGGAAACCCAGAUUUAAA